ACAAUAAACUUUUGACUCUGACUUUGAAAAUUUUGACCAAUACGCAAUUCAAUUGAAUAUACUAUAGCCUAUAACAAUAUUUAAUUAAUAUUUGAGAAUUGACUUUGCUCUAAGAUUUCAACCUAUAAAAAACCCAAAAACCUUUCCUCGUCUUUCCCACAACCUUCCUCUUCCUCAAACUCCACCUUACUCCAGUAGUAUACUUUAUCCAUUACAGUCAAUUCAUAAAAGGAUAUGGCCUCCAGUUCCAACAGUCUCGGUGAGAUAAAGAAAUUCAAGGGUGUACGGCAACGUAAGUGGGGGAAGUGGGUGUCAGAGAUUCGAGUUCCGGGUAGUCAAGAUCGGCUAUGGCUAGGUUCUUACUCAUCGCCCGAGGCCGCCGCCGUGGCUCACGACGUUGCAUAUUAUUGCCUAAGAAGACCCUCAAACCUGGACCACCUGAACUUUCCGCCGAUGGUGCUGCCCUUGACCAACCACCUCCUUAUCCGAGACGACAUGUCACCUGGCUCCAUUCAGAGGGCAGCCUCCGACGCCGCCAUGGCUGUCGACGCACAGUAUAUAUGCAACAGUUUGGCAGACCGAGGCAGUAGUGGCCGUGCAGGGGCAUUUCAGGCAUCAGGAGAUGACCAGUAUACGGCUUUCAAUAAUGAUCAAGAUCUUUCCAUCCAAGAUUAUCUGUAAGCGAGCGCUAGUCUUAAUGGCUAGGAUUUUAUGAUGAUUUUAUUAAGUACCGAUCAACUUUCCAUGAUUUAAAAUUAAAUCUCCAAUGAUUUAAUUGUAUAUACGAAUUAAAUCAAAAUAUUAUUGAAAAUUAUUGUGGUCGUAUCCUAAAAAUAUGAAUGUUUUUACAAUUUUUGGUACAUUAUUUUAAUGUGAAAUUUGAUAAGUGGAUCCCCUAAAUUUUCAAACUCUAGUGAAAAUUUGACACGUGUGACAUGUGGGCAAAAAAUUGAUGAAUGAUAAAAAUGUAUCUUUUGUACUUCAUGUAUUAAAGACGAUGAUGAUAAUGAUAAAAGGGAUAAGGUUUGAAAGUGUGAAAAGUGAAAAUGGAGGGUUUGAAGGGAAUGGAAAAUAUGAAAUGGUAUAGAUGAGCGAAGACUUUCAAUGUGAAUGUAUGAACAAAAUUCAAAGUUAAAAAGUGGGAGUUGCAUUUAUAACAGUGACGAAGGAACGUUUUGUUUCUUUCUCGA